AUGUCUACCGAAGAGACUCCAAUUACACCUAUUCAAGACUUGGAGAAUAUUACCCUUACAGACCUUAAAGAUAAUUCCACAUUUAAGGCUGGUUCUCUUUGGCAAGAUAGCCCUGCCUUGCUUCUAGUCGUUCGACGUCCUGGAUGUCAGUUAUGUCGUGAGGAAUCUAUAAAGAUUGCUUCUUAUCGGGAUCUUAUAUCGGACAAAAUGGGAGUUAAAAUGGUAGCAGUAGUGCAUGAGAACCUAGAUAAUGAAGUUGAAGAGUUUAACAAAGGAUAUUGGAAUGGACUAUUAUAUUAUGAUAAAGAGAAAUCGUUCUUCACUAAUAUUGGUGGUGGUAAAAUACAAUAUGGAGGAAUCACGAGCUUUCUAAAACCUUCUGUAUGGUUUAAUAUAAGGCAAAACGCUAAAACUGGUAUUACCGGGAAUUUUAAAGGAGAUGGUUCAGUUCUGGGUGGUAUAUAUAUAAUUCAUCAAGGCUCAAAAGGUGUAGAGUAUCAAUAUCGAGAAAAAGUUUGGGGAGAUCAUGCUCCUUUUGAUAAAGUCUUAACUGCCGUGAAAAAU